AUGAUGAAGAGACAGUUGCAUCGCAUGCGGCAGCUGGCCCAGACGGGCACCCUGGGGCGCACCCCGGAGACUGCCGAGUUCCUGGGUGAGGACCUGCUGCAGGUGGAGCAGCGGCUGGAGCCAGCCAAACGAGCCGCCCACAAUGUCCACAAACGGCUGCAGGCUUGUCUGCAGGGCCAGAGCGGGGCAGACAUGGACAAACGGGUGAAGAAACUGCCCCUCAUGGCUCUGUCCGCCACGAUGGCCGAGAGCUUCAAGGAGCUGGACCCUGACUCUAGCAUGGGGAAGGCCUUGGAGAUGAGUUGUGCCAUUCAGAAUCAGCUGGCCUGCAUCGUGGCCGAGUUUGAGAUGGCCCUGGAGAAGGAUGUCCUACAGCCACUCAGCAGGCUGAGUGAGGAAGAGCUGCCAGCCAUCCUCAAGCACAAGAAAAGCCUGCAGAAAUUGGUGUCUGAUUGGAACACCCUCAAGAGCAGGCUCAGUCAGGUAGCCAAGAACUCAAGCGGUGGUCAAGCCCUAGGUAACAUGCCGGGCAGUUACAGCCACAACACCUCAGCCAACAAGGUGGAAAUGUUGAAGGAGGAGGAGGAAGAACUGAAGAGGAAAGUGGAGCAGUGCAAGGAUGAGUACUUGGCCGACCUGUAUCACUUUGCCACCAAGGAAGACACCUAUGCCAAUUAUUUCAUCCAAAUCCUGGAGAUUCAAGCUGAUUACCACCGCAAGUCCCUAAACUCGUUGGACACAGCCCUGACUGAGCUGAGGGAGAACCAUCGCCAAAUGGACCCCUCCCCCUCGAUGACGGCCGCCCCCUUCUCCAGGGUGUAUGGGGUGUCGUUGGGAACGCACCUGCAGGAGCUGGGCAGAGAGAUUGCCCUGCCCAUCGAGGCCUGUGUCAUGAUGCUGCUGUCUGAGGGCAUGAAGGAAGAGGGCCUCUUCCGCCUGGCCCCUGGGGCCUCCGUGCUGAAGCGCCUCAAGCAGACAAUGGCCUUGGACCCUGGCAGCCUAGAGGAAUUCUGCUCUGAUCACCACGCUGUCGCAGGUGCCCUUAAGUCCUAUCUACGGGAGCUGCCAGAACCCCUGAUGACCUUUAACCUCUAUGACGAUUGGAUGAGGGCAGCCAGCCUGAAGGAGCCGGUGGCCCGGUUGGAAGCUCUCCAAGAAGUGUGCAGUCGCUUGCCCCCAGAAAACCUCAGCAACCUCAGGUACUUGAUGAAGUUCUUGGCCCGGCUGGCUGAGGAGCAGGAGGUAAACAAGAUGACACCCAGCAACAUCGCCAUUGUCCUGGGGCCCAACCUGCUAUGGCCGCCGGAGAAAGAAGGGGACCAGGCUCAGCUGGAUGCGGCCUCGGUGUCUUCGAUCCAGGUGGUGGGCGUGGUCGAGGCUCUGAUCCAGAAUGCGGACACCCUCUUCCCUGAAGACAUCAACUUCAACAUGUCAGGCCUGUUCUCGAACCUCGCCCUCCAGGACAAGGGUGGAAACAGGCCGGCCUCGGAGGAGCUUCCAACCACAGCUGUGCCCACCCCGACCACUACUCCAGUUCUGGCUCCAACUCCAGCCCCAGCCCCAACCCCAACCCCAGUUUCAGUGGCUACCAAAGAAAGGACAGAGUCUGAGGCCCCUCCGAGACCAGCCUCCCCCAAGGUCAUCAGGAGCCCCCCAGAGGCAGCUGCCCCAGCAGAGGAUGUGACUCGGAAGGUCAAGCGCCCAGCGCCGGCCCGGCCCACCAUGCUGCCCCCUCAAGUCUCUAGCACUCGCUCCUCCCCUCCAGCCCCACCCGUACCCCCUGGUCCUGGCAGCCCUGGCACCCCCCGGGCUCUGCCCCGUCGGGCAGUUAACAGCACCCUCCGGGCCCCCACAGUACCACCCCCACUGCCCCCAAUGCCCCCCCAGCCAGCCCGGCGCCAGAGCCGGCUUUCAUCAGCCUCCCCUGGACCAGCUUCCCCUAGCCCCGGCUCUUCGAGCAUUCCUAUGCAGGGGGACGUGGGGGCAGCCACAGAGGAAAGGGGGGCCCCUGAGGCUGUAAGUAGGGUCACCUCUCCCUCAGCUGUCCCCCCUCAGCCACGACCUAGGAGCCUCACCUCAGAGACCGACUAA